UCACAUGACUCCCUCCGCUCUCCCCCGCUGUGUGUAUGUGAGUGUGUGUGUUUGAAUGUGUGUUGACUGUUCAGACGGACGGCGGCUCGGGCUCCUCGUGGACGUGUUGGACCAUGAACCAGGUGCUCUGCUGAGGUGAGCUGGACAGAACCGCAAAGCUUCAUCCGACCUGAGCUGAGAGGACUUCAGAUCUGUCAGAUCAAGCGUCUGUUUUCUCAGUGAACAUGAAGAGCAGCGUCCCGUACGACAGGAUGGUGGACGUGGAGUGGAGGAGGGAAGAGUACAAUAAGAAAGCACAGGUGUAUUACAGGUGUGUGAUUGGUCUGGCCACCGUGGCCGCGGUGCUGCUGGCCACCACGGCGCUCCAUAACCUCCUGGCUGAGGGCGUCUCCUCGCCCCGUCCUCCCCCCGACGCCAGGUUCCGCCUGCCGGAUGCCGAGUCCUGCUCAGACCCCUGCAAGAUUGUUUUGGUGGAGAGCAUCCCCGAAGGCCUGGAGUUUAACUCGAGCUCCGCCCACCCCUCCAUCUACCAGGCGUGGCUCAACCUGAUGGGCGAGGCUCGCAGCAGUCUCGACAUCGCCUCUUUCUAUUGGACGAUGACCAACAAAGACACCGGCACGCAUGAGCCAACAGCCAAUCAGGGUGAGACCGUCCUGAAGAGACUGUCAGAGAUCUCAGGGAAGCUGUCUGUUCGCAUCGCCGUCAACACACCACAGGAGACCCAGCCUCAGGACAACCUGCGACUGCUCAGCAGCUCAGGAGCCGACAUCAGGACAGUGAACAUGAGAGAGCUGACGUCAGGCGUCCUCCACACCAAGUUCUGGGUGGUAGACAAGAAACACAUCUACAUUGGCAGCGCCAACAUGGACUGGAGGUCCCUCACACAGGUGAAGGAGCUGGGCGCCGUGGUCUACAACUGCAGCUGUUUAGCGGCAGAUCUGGGCAAAAUCUUUGAGGCCUAUUGGUUCCUGGGCCAGAGCCAUUCGAUCCCGUCGCCGUGGCCCAGCAGCUUCUCCACGGCCUACAACAAGGACACGCCCCUCCAGCUGCCGCUCAACGACACGCCGGCCAGCGUCUACCUGUCGAGUUCCCCUCCAUCUUUCUGUGCUGCUGGCAGGACUCCAGACCUUCAGUCCAUCCUCAGCGUGAUGGAGGACGCCCAGCAGUUCAUCUACAUCGCUGUCAUGAACUACGUGCCCACCAUGGAGUUCUCCCAUCCCAAAAGGUACUGGGCCGACAUCGACACCCAGCUGAGGCGAAUGGCUUACGAGAAGCGAAUCAAAGUGCGUCUGCUGAUCAGCUGCUGGGCGAACACGCAGCCCGUCAUGCUGCCCUUCCUGAGGUCGCUGGCCUCGGUCCAGGACCACAAGAGCAAACUGGACAUCCAGGUGAGGCUGUUUGUCGUGCCGUCCAACCCCAAGCAGAAGGAGAUUCCCUUCGCCAGAGUCAACCACAACAAGUACAUGGUGACUGACAAGAUAGCUUACAUCGGUACAUCCAACUGGUCAGGCGACUACUUUGUCAGCACAGCCGGCUCGGCACUGGUCGUCAACCAGACUGCAUCGCAUAUGCUGGAGCCAACCGUCCAAUCACAGCUGAGGGAAGUGUUUGAGAGGGACUGGAGCUCCGCCUACAGCACUCCUAUCAGCCAGCACUCUGACCUGAACAGCGUUUGUUAGAGGCCACUCCGUCUGUGCAGCAGUCAGCGGCUGAACCAAAGCCAGAGCCAACACACUAACCCUGACCCAAAACCACUAAAUCCCACCAGCCAGCCUCCACUGUGCGACUCAGCCGGAUGUUCCCUGCACCACACUCAGCCGUCGGCGUGGCGUCCUCCACUCAGGCUGCACCCGAUUGUACUGUGCCAGCAUGUUGUCUGCUUUGUACUUGACACGUGAAACUGUUCUUCAUCGUGUGAAAUCACAUCAGCAGGAAAACAGGGAAGCCUGUAAAUCUGAUUGGCUGCUGACGGCCGUUGUCAGCAGCAGUGACAGGUUUGCUGACCGUCCACACAUCGGCCAAAUCUCUUAACAGGAAGUGAAAAGAUUUCUGGUGACGUGUUGAUCAUGUUGGUGAUGGUGUGAACACGGCGCUCCUUUUCUUUUCCUCUGUAUUUACCCCGAGGUGUGCACGGAGCCUCGUCCCGGAGCUCAGAGCAUCCCAGGGAGCGUCCCAGGACCGCCUCUCCUCAGCUCCGAGGGGUUAAAGGCCACACUUAUUUUUAGAUUAUUGUUUUAGGGAGGAAUUUAAGUCACUCCACUUCCAAUGACAGGAGACUUUUAAGUUAUAGCAGACAGCAGCCAUGUGGUUGAGUAAGGAGUAGCUACAGUAUUUAGUUUGUCCAAGGUACUGCGUUUACACUGCGUUGUUCAUUUUAGAAGAAAUGUGAUGGCUCGGGUUCUUAGGUUUGGUGCUAGUAACAGCAGGGGGCACUGUCUGGGCUUGCUUGGGUUUAGUCUAGACAAGUGUGUGAUGUUUUCAGCUGGCUCAUGUUGAUGGAUCAGCUCAUUGAUUAUGUCUCAUUUUUUUAAGAUCAGUCACAAAGCAUUACUUUACAUAACUUUGCCUCUGUGGGAGUUCCUCAUCCCAGCUUUUCUCAGGGAGUUGUAUGCUUGAAUCUAAUGGGUUUUUAUUGACAUUUUUAGAUUGCUGGACUCUCGAAUUCUUAAUCAGUGCUUUAAGUGCUGUGCCGUGUCUGCAUUUUUAAUAAGAUGGGUUUUUAAAAUAUGGUCCCACCGUCUUCAGGACUGAGUUUAAUUGAAUUAAUUUAACAUUCACAGCAGGAAUGCAUGCUAAAUCAAUUGAAAGUUUGCAGCACUCGUACAUGAAGACAAACAAAUUUAAUUUCCACUGUGUGGAGUGAUUUGAGACUACCAGUUAGCGAGGAGAUGGUUGUCAUGGCAACUGUCUAAGUACGUUAGCAUUUACAGGAAACAGUGCUUUUUUAAAAGCCCUGGGGCAGUUUGCUAGCGUCGUAGAUCAAAUGUGCAUGUACCAGAACCUUCCUCCUCUGUUUGCAGCACUACCUUCAAUAAAUGUAUGAACCAA